AAGCAAAACACGAAUGACAAGGCGACCAACAACUCUCCAAACAAUUCCCAAUUGUACCAUAUGAAAAGAAAGUGAAUUAAUCCCUCGCUCCUUCCACGUACCCAAACUCGUCACAGACCCAGUAAAUUGCCCUCGUCUCGACCCGCCGCCGCACCACGCUUCCUUCCCUGCCCUGUUCAACAACCAACUCUACGGCAUCGGGUUAGCAAGCAAGUACCCCCCAAACCGCCAAAAAUGCACCACCACGAAUAGAGAGAGUGCGCCCAUCUCACGAAUCGAAUUCAAUCGAAAAACACACCACCACCCACCUCCAUUUCCCCCGAAUGAUUAUCGAAACAUGCACCACAGACGGCAGACCUCAAUUCAUGGCCACCCACCCCGCACCGUCGCGGCCGAGUCGAAGGCCUAGAGGCGUCGCUCCGUCGGAGAGCGAGCUCAAUGUUUACCCCCCGCGCGACCACAUCACCGUCGAUACGAAGCCGGUGAAGAAGACGCUGAAGAGGCCGAGGAGGUUGAGUGAGGCGGAACAGCAACAACAACAACAUGACCAUUUUGGGUUGAAGAAAUCGCGGUUCGCGACGAUUGAGGAUGCGAGGCCAAGGGCGCAGCAGCCUAGGAAGUUAGCUGUUGCUAAACCUACCAAUACCCCGACCGCAGCGAAACCGGAGACGGCGCAGCGGCAGACACGGAAUAAGGAGGAGGAUACUACGGAAGAGAGGGUGCUGCCGAGGUAUGCGGAGAAGGCGAGUAAUGGGAUUAAGCAUGAGCUGGAGAGGCUGCAGCCUGGUGGGAAGGAUACAAAGAGCAGCGAGACGCGGAAGCUGAGGUCGCAGGAGGGGACGAGGUUUAAGAGUGAAUUGGCGUCGUACUUUCCCGAUUACGAUGUUGUGAUUGGGAAUGAGGCUGCUGAAGAGACGCACUCGAUUGAUGCUGGGACGUCGAUUAUAAUUUCUGAUAGCAACCCUCCGACACAACAGAAGCUGCCGAGCAAUUCUAGUCCGAAAAAGAAACAGUUGGAGAAUGGGGCGGGGAAAAUGGCGUAUAAGGAUUUCAGUGAUUCGCUGUUCUAUGAUCUGUAUCAGGCACAGAAGGUGGACUUUACAUUUUUGGAUAGGCAUACAAAAACCAACCCACAGUCAGACCCUCUGCCGGAUUCAUACUAUGACAUUCCCCACCGACGGGGAAAGCGGCUGGAGAUGUCCAUCCGUAACUCCGAGAAGGGGCGGGCACAACAUGAGAAAGAUCAAGUGGCCCGAUUGCUCGAAGGGCUGCAAGGCCAUGACUGGUUAAAAGUGAUGGGCGUCAGUGGGAUAACUGAGAGCAAGAAGAAAGAGUUUGAGCCGGCUCGAGAACACUUCAUCAAGGGGUGCCAAGGUAUUCUCGACAAGUUCCGGUCAUGGAAAGACGAGGAGAAACGCCGCAAGCUCGAGAAGGACAAAGCUUUGGCGGAGGCUGCUCAGGAGGGAGAAGACGAGAGCGAGGAAAGCGAUGGCGAUCCUCCCGAUUACAGUGAUGUCGAUCACGCAGCCGCGAUGCAGCUUCAUGAGGAAGCCAUUGCUCGCUCCGCACCGCACACCUCUACUAAACGUAAGGCGGAAAAGCGGGCGAAAGUCGAGUUUGAGGAAUUGCCUAUGGAUAGGGUGGAGAAGGAGUUCAAGUCGUUUUACAAAAAACCGCAUUUGAGACAGGCUGCGUUGGGGAAGCAAAGGAAGAGUGGGAGGAGUGUGUCGGCGUGGGGUCAUCCUAUUCCUGAGGUGUCGGAGGUGGAUUUUGAUCUGCCAGAGGAGCUGAAGGAGGAGGCGGCGAAGGAUACCACGGCCAGGAGGAAAAGGAGGGUUAGGAGGGAGAGUUUGAGUAAGGCGGGUUAGGCGGGAGAGCCUGAGCAGAGAAUGAACCGUGAUGUCGGGGCGAAUCGAAAGUGCUUCAUUUAGCUACUGACGUGAAACGGAAGUGCUGGGUGGUUUGUAUGAGUUUGGUUUUGGGAGGCGCGGGCGUUGGAGUUGGCAAGACUUGGGGGUCUUUGUAUGAGGUAUGCAUUACUAUUGCUGGUUGGAUUGCUUUUAGGAAGUACAGAAUAUCCAAUAAUCCGAUACCCUGCACAUAAAGAAUAAGAACAAUCGUUUUUACC